GAAGCAGGCCGGAGUACCUUGCCGGUGGAAACCUCUUCUUCUUCUUCUUCUUCUUCAUCUUCUUCUUCUUCUUCUUAUUCAAGUAAGGAUCGUCGUCAUGAAUAUCCACUGUGGGGCUCUCUCUCUCCUCCUCCUCCUCUCUGGGCCGCUCACCAUCUGCAAAGCUUCUACUGAUGACUCUGAAAUCGAUGAUGAAACUCCAUUUUCUUACACAGACGGAACCAAGUACGGACCAAAGAACUGGGGUGAACUUGAUCCACAUUGGCGAAUUUGCAACCAUGGAGAGAUGCAGUCUCCCAUUGAUCUUCUUAACAGAAGAGUACAGGUUUUUCCAAAUUUGGGAAAAUUAAAAAGGAAUUACAAAGCAGCUCCCGCUAUCCUUAAAAACCGAGGACAUGAUAUUGCAGUGGUAUGGAAAGGAGACGCAGGAAAAAUAAAUAUAAAUGAGACCGAUUACAAGCUAAUACAAUGCCAUUGGCAUUCACCAGCAGAGCACACUAUCAAUGGAUCAAGAUACAAAAUGGAGUUGCACCUUGUUCAUGAGAGUUCUGAUGGGAAAAUAGCUGCUGUUGGAAUUGUUUACAAAUAUGGCCGACCCGAUCAAUUUCUCACAAGGAUGUUUCACCAUAUAAGGUCAAUUAGCGAUGUGAAUUCUGUGGGGAAAGAAGAAAAGAAUUUGGGGAUUGUUAACCCUGGUGAUAUUAAGUUUGGGAGCAGAAAGUAUUAUCGGUAUUUGGGUUCCCUUACGAUUCCUCCCUGCACUGAAGGUGUUGUUUGGACAAUUUCAAAGAAGGUGAGGACUGUUUCAAGGGAACAAGUGAGGCUCUUGAGGGAAGCAGUUCAUGAUGGAUAUGAAGCAAAUUCAAGGCCAACUCAACAAAUUGGUGACAGACGUAUUUGGUUAUAUACUCCAAAAGGGUGAAUGGAGGCUAUUGCUUGAAAUGGGAGUGUUCUCAUUCUUUGUAUGUGUUCGACUAGAUCUAAUAAAUCGGCCUAGGGCCUAAAUAAAAUGGAAUGAGGAAAGAAGUCAUAGUACAUAAAAAGCAAUGGGACUUUUAUUUACAGCCGUUUAGAUUAAAGAUUUUAUUUAGGAAAAAGAAAAGGAAAUAAAAAGAAAGUUUAUUUUUCGUUGCA